AUGGAUAUGAACCAUUUAAUAGGUCAGCGGUUCAACCUGAUCUCCAAGAGUGACAUUCGCUAUGUUGGUACUUUACACGAGAUCAACCCCGAGGCUUCAACAAUAGCCCUCGAGAAUGUUGUUUCUUUCGGUACCGAAGGCCGACGCGGUAACCCCGCCGAGGAAAUUCCCCCUUCGUCCAGCAUCUACGAAUACAUUGUGUUCCGUGGUAGCGAUGUGAAGGACAUCAGUGUGGCCGAGGAGAAGGAAGCCCCACAGCCUGAGCCUCCUCAGGUGCCAGACGAUCCUGCUAUUCUCGGAAGCAUGUCGCGACCGGGACCAGGACCAGGACAAGGACCACCAGGUCCGGCUCCUCAGGGACUUCCUCACUCUCAACCUUCUCAGCAGCCUCAAGCAUCUCGUCCGGCCCCUCCUGGCUAUCCUCAACCUCCCCAGUUCCAAGGAUUCUAUCCUCCCUAUGGACAACGGUUUGGAGCGCCUGGAUUUCCCCCCGGACCGGGAUUCCCCAACAUGCCAUACGGUGCCCCACCGGGAUGGUUCCCCCCUCCAGGCCAAGGCUUUCCUCAAGGUCCUGGCCAGUUCCCGCCCCCUCAGAUGCCUAUCGGUCCUCCUGGCCAGCACGGGACGCCUCCACCUCAGCGUCCAGGACCUGUCCCCGGUGGCCCUAUGAACGUGCCCAAGACAACUUCUGAGCUGCCGGUCGGAGACAAACCCGUGAGCAAGCCAGCGAGCCGUGACGGCACACCUGGACCAGGCGCGCCGGCGCAGGUUGCUCCUACUCCCCCCGUGGAAUCUAAGCCUUCGGUGGCCGAGGCUGUGCAGGCAUCCGCCGCUCCUGUUCAGGGCCCGCCCGCCGGGCUGAGCAAGGUCCCUCCUACUGGCCCACGGAACGGUCGCGUGCCUCCGGCCAUCCCCAUUGCAGCCCCCAUCAAGGCACCUGUCCCCAAUGCUCCGGCAGCCCCAGGCAAUAACGCGCCUCAGGGUUCGGCACAGGCGGCUAUCACUGAAGCCACUCGGGCGGCCACUGCCGCGGUGGCAGCCGCCAUGGCAAAGCUGCCUCAACCUGGUCUCCAGCAGAAGCCUGGAACUGCCCCCGUCGAUAACUUGACGCGGCAGAUGGCUGAAAUGAAGCCUUACGAUGGCUCUCGUCAGCGCGGUGGUCAUCAGCACCCUCGCGGCGGACGCGGCGGUCAUCGUACCCAAUACCAGGGACAGAACAAGAAGGUCGAAGUCCCCGACACGGACUACGAUUUCCAGACGGCCAACGCCAGGUUCAAUAAACAGGACUUGCUCAAGGAGGCCAUUGCCACUGGCUCCCCAGUUCACGAGGCCGAGCCUCAUGUUCCUGACGGCGACACAUCCGAAGCAGCCAGCGCCAGUGGUGACGUCACUCCCUACAACAAGUCCAGCUCUUUCUUUGACAAUAUCUCGAGCGAGGCUCGCGACCGCGAAGAAGGAGCCGGUGGCCGUGUCGGUGGCCGUGAAUGGCGCGGCGAAGAAGAGAAGCGUAACAUCGAAACCUUUGGCCAAGGUAGCGUCGAUGGCUAUCGCGGUGGUUACCGUGGCCGUGGUCGUGGCCGAGGCUAUGGUCGUGGUCGUGGCGGUUACAAUCGCGGCUACGGUGGUCGGGGCCGCGGUGGUGUCCGAGGUGGCCGCAGCGUCUCUCAGUCCACCGGCGUUCCCACGCAGAUCUAA